AUGCGUGAGUUUUUCAAAGUUUCACAAAUUUCCAAAAAAAAAAUAUAUAACUUUUACAGCGAGUUGGGGAGAUAAAGUUAAAGAAGUUGAGGAAGACAUAAGGAGAGAAAGAAGAAGACAUGAAGAACGAUUGGAUGAUUCAAGAAGAGAUCAUAAUUCAGAUGCACGUCGUCUAAGAGAUCGUAUUGAACGUUUGGAUAAAGAAUUGGCAGCGGAAGAACGUUUGGAAUAUUCAAGAGAUACGAAUGGCAAGGAAAUCAAAGUGAGAUUAGAACAAUCGGAAAACGAAGAAAGAAAAAGAAAAGAAUAUGCUGAAGAAGUGAACGAUGUUAGAAAAUCAUUGAAUGCUCAAAAAGGUUGGUUUUUAAUUUUCAGUUUUACGUGGAAGUGGAACCGUUCCACAUUUACAGAAAAACAAGUCGAGAGUCAAAUAAAAGAAAAAACGCAAUUUAUGCAAAAUCAGUUGGAAAACACAUUGGCUGCUCAAAAAUCGUUGACAACAUUUGAUAUCACGAGCCGGCAACAAAUUGCGAGUGAUAAACAACGUGUGAGUUAAUUAUUUUAUCAUAAUAAUAUAUUUCAAUUAUCUGAUUUUUUAGCUUGAUGCAUUGGGAAAUAACUUGGCAGAAGAGACGAGAAAUUUGGCUGAUUUAUCGAUUAAAAAUCGGGAUGAACAAUUUGAGAAAAUUCUUCAAUUGGAACGUGAGAACUAUGAGGCGGUUGAGAAAAGUUUGUUUGAACAAAAAUCGAAUAUCAAGCAAAUCAAAUUACAGAAAAAGAACUUGACGCGAUGUUUCUGAACCGCGCUAAAAUGUUGGAACAGGAAAAAAUAGUAGGAAGAACUGAAUUGUAUAAGGCAUCUCAAUUCGAUGAAGAUCGGAAUGCUCAAAGGAACGAUCUUCUGACAGUUCGUCGGAAAUUCAGUGCGAUGAAGGGGAAAGUUGACGAGUUUUGCUUGAAAUUUGAUAUGCCGAUUGAAAUGAAGGAUGAGAAUGGAUUCAGAAGAGCUGUGCAUUUAGCAACGGUACAUAAUCACUAAAUUUCUUGAAAAAUAUCAAUUUUCAGCUCUAUGUGAAAAAUUUGGAAAAACAAAUUCAAGGAAUCGAUGAAAAUCUUCAGAAAUUGCAAGAAGAAAAAGCAAUGAAAUCUACAACAAUAAUCAAUUUGAUUUUAUCGGUUAUUAAUGAUAUUUUUGAAACUGAGAAAAAGGUAAAAAGAAUAGGAUACCAAUUUAUUGAGAUAUGUGUUUUUUGUAGACAAUCACAAUCGGAACAUCGACAAACAUCAUGGGAUAUUUGAACAAAUUGAAUGAGGAAACGAGAAGACUUGGAGAAAUUAUUGAAUUGAUUCCUGAAAUUCCUGAAUCUAGCGAUUUCGCAAACGCAUUGGAAUCAUCAAAUCACAUGAUCGGAAGGUUUGAUCCAAAAAAUGCUAUCGAAUCAAGUUCGCAACACAUUCGACAAAUUCAAUAA